CGAUGAAGAUUGGGAGGGAGACACGGGUUUUAGAUUGAACUACCCAAAGAACACACACACACAUAUAUAUAUCAUCAAAAACCCAUAAAAUUCCAAGUGAUUUUUGGAAAUGUCUUCCUUGACGCUGAAUCCCUUGUUCAUGGUACAAUCUCUGCGAUCGUCGUCUUCUUCGUCUUCAUCCUCUUCCUCACCUUCGACUCUUGUUUCGUUCCGGAGAAAUCGGCUGUGUAGAUCGACUAGCAUCCAUGUGAACUCUAGGUGCCGGGGAAGGUCCGAGUUGAGAGCUCAAUCGUUCGAUGGUUCUGAUGUUAACAGGAAGGGCUCAGAUGAAGACGAUCCCAAUGGCGCCGGUUCGAAACCCCCGAAUGGCUCUUUGCAUAAAAGCAGGAAGGAAAUUUUGUUGGAGUAUGUGCAAAAUGUGCAGCCUGAUAUUAUGGAGCUCUUUAUCAAACGAGCACCUCAUCAGGUAGUAGAUGCAAUGCGGCAGACAGUGACAAAUAUGAUGGGAACGCUACCUCCACAGUUUUUUUCUGUCACUGUAACCACUGUUGCAGAAAAUCUUGCGCAGCUUAUGUAUAGUGUUAUGAUGACGGGCUACAUGUUUAAAAAUGCACAGUUUCGUAUGGAAAUGCAGCAAAGCCUGCAACUCGCUGCUCUUCCUAAUCCUGAAACACAAGAGAAAACUGACGUACCAGAUUAUGCACCUGGAACACAGAAGAAAAAGGUCUCUGGUGAAGUUAUUAGGUGGAAUAACGUUUCUGGUGCUGAAAAAAUAGAUGCAUUGAAAUACAUAGAGUUACUUGAAGCUGAAGUCGAUGAAUUGAAUCGUCAAAUAGAACGAAGAUCUGCUAAUGGACAGAAUGAAUUGUUUGAAUACCUAAAGAGCCUUGAACCCCAAAACCUGAAGGAGCUUACUAGCAGUGCCGGUGAAGACGUUGUUCUUGCAAUGAACACAUUCAUUAAACGCCUCUUAGCAAUUUCAGAUCCCAGUCAGAUGAAGACAAGCGUAACUGAGACGAGUGUUCCAGAACUGGCAAAGCUGCUAUACUGGCUUAUGGUUGUCGGUUAUAGCAUCCGCAACAUCGAAGUUCGGUUUGAUAUGGAACGGGUGCUGGGCUCUCCUCCGCCAAAUCUUGCCAAACUACCGCCGGCCGAAAAUCUUUAGGACCUUUCUCUUCUCUAUAUUCAUUUUGGGUUUUUGCCUGUGCAACAUUUAUAUGUGUGUAUACACACCAUCCAAAGGUGGUGUAUAUUUUUUUUGCAGGGUUUCCUUUGUUUUUUUGUUUUCAGUGUUUUUUUUUGUAGAAUACCAUCAUUUUAAAUAGCUGUGCUUUUUCUCACGACAUUGUAGUAGAACUAAUUGUACUCAUCAGCUGGCAUGGCACAAUAUAUGUAGUGUUGAUUU